AAUGCCUCCAUCCUUCCUUCCCCUCCGGUGAUUUUUACAAGGAGCUUCAGCCGAGCAACGACUUCGUCUUAUUAGCUUGAUACUCAUCGGAAUAUAUUCGUAUUAGUUAAUGUGAUUGCUCGAGAAGAAUAAGCCCCUUUUAUCCCGCUUCUGAAGAGACAAAAAUACACUCGUGUUAAACUUACAUAGCCCACUUUGCUGUCUGAGUAGGUUAAAGGGAACAGCGAUAACUCGUGAUGGCUCCGGAGAUAACUGGUGCUCGGUCUGUCUGUCAGCAUGGGCUCUGAGAACGACGUGCUGAUGAAGGAGUACAUCAAGAUGAUGACCGACAUGAUCGUGCUGUGUGCCACUUUGGCACUCUCCCUCUUCUUCUGGGUCAUCUCUCUCGCCAUCAGCACCUACUAUGGCACACUGCAGCCAGUGUCACCGUGGCGGUGGUUGUUCUCCAUCUUGGUUCCCCUCGUGCUGACGAUCAGAGCACUGAAGAGACGCAGUCUGGAUCGCUCAGGAGCCCUGGGAGCUCUCCUGGUGGGGUUUGUGUUGACGAUGGCCAACUACAGCUUCUUCUCCUCUCUCCUGGCCUUCUUCAUCACCUCCUCCAGACUGACCCGCUGGGGAGCAGCACAGAAGAAGAAAAUAGACGCAGAGUACAAAGAAGGGGGGCAGCGGAACUGGGUUCAGGUCUUCUGUAAUGGAGGAGUUCCCACAGAGCUGGCACUGCUGUAUAUGAUAGAGGUGGGUCCAGGUGAGAUCCCUAUCGAUUUCAGCAAACAGUACUCCGCCUCCUGGAUGUGCCUCUCUCUGGUGGGCGCACUCGCCUGCAGCACCGGGGACACCUGGGCUUCAGAGGUGGGGCCUGUCCUCAGCCAAUCACAGCCUAGACUCAUCACCACGUGGAAGGAAGUCCCAGCAGGAACAAAUGGAGGAGUCACUCCUGUCGGAUUGGUCGCCAGCUUCUUAGGAGGAUUCGCAGUGGGCGUUGCUUACUUUGUAACGCAGCUUCUGUUAGUCAGCGACCUGCACCUGGUGGACCCCCAGUGGCCAAUCAUGGUGUACGCCGGUGUGGCCGGCCUGGUGGGAUCGAUGCUGGACUCUUUCCUGGGAGCUCACAUGCAAUACUCAGGCUUUGACUCAAGCAUUGGGAAGGUGGUGAGUUAUGAGUCCGCCACCACCCGGCGCAUCUGUGGGAAACCCAUCUUGGACAACAAUGCGGUCAACCUGUUCUCCUCAGUUCUCAUCGCCCUCAUCUUGCCUGGGCUGGCGUGGGGGCUAUGGCCACGGUAGACUGACUGCUGCUCUCUGAGACACGUUUGAGGUGGGGAACAGACUCCACGGAGCAGCAGGUUUCCAGAGGUAUUACUGUUUUUAUUUCAGAGUGUCUGAGAGAAAAGGCACUAAACCAAACUGGGACAGUGACAUUGACUUUGAAUGGGAGAGAGAUGCAGAGGAGUGGAGUCAGGUUUAAAUUAACAUAUAUAAAGUUUACAGAACACCAGGCAUACACACACACACUCACACACAGCUUAACUAUCUACAGAUUUCCCGAUUGAUUAAAUACAGCAGGCUGGAAACACCAGGAGCUGUUAAAGGAAAAUUCUCCCCAAUUUGCUAGUUUGUCUUUAACAGCAGAAAAUGGAAAUGUAGUGUUUAAUUUUUCCUUUAACCCAACUGUCCUGAAGUUUCACCAAUGCCUCAAACAAACAGCAACAAAAUAACAUCAUAAACUCUUAAAGAAAUUAUAAAUAAAAUGUUCUUUUUCCUGCAUACAGAAACAAGAUUUCUAAUGUUUAAGUCCCAUUCAGAAAAUAAAUCUAGUCUGAAUGAA